CCCCUCUCACGGGACGCGGGAUUAAAGCAGCUCAAUACCGGCGGAGAGGUUAAUUCCACCAGCAAAGCGCUCGCCAGGAGGCAAAGGCCCCGGUGUAUAUAUUGAGCCUUAUAUUGAUCUUCGAUCAUCCGAUCGGCGUCGUUCCGACCGAGGGACCCCUUAAAAGCCGAGGUGCAGCUAACCUUCCAUCUCAAAGCUUGUCGACAACCCAAGACUCUCGCCGGUAACGCCACCGCCAUGAAGUCAACCAUUGUCUCCAUCCUGCUCAGCGCGGGCGCCUGCCUAGCCUCACCUGUUGCUCAAGCAGACACACCAGUCUCCACGCCCUCUCCCACCACCCUCCAGCAAGGCGCCUAUUGGAUUCGUGGCGUGACGCCUCCAAACUAUCACAAAUACCUCCAGACGAAGCCCGCAAAUGUUCCCGGCAUCGCUAUCCUCGAGUCACACACCACGGCAGGACAGUUCAACAUCGAGGGUGGACAGCUAGUCAACAAGGUAUCCAACCCACCGUUGUAUCUCUGGGUGGAGGAGCCGGCCGACAAGGCCAACCCUCCUCGUACUCUGGCCACCUUCUUCAACACGACCAAGUCGACGUUUGGGACGUUUGCGUGGCAGGGAGACACCCUCACGUGGAGCGUGCCGAGCAUCAGGAGGCAGAACGUCGGAGCCUGGCUUGUGUGCAAGAACCAGCAAUUGUUCAUCAACACGGGCGCUUAUGGUUAUCAAACGCCUGCAGGGUGCUCCGACCAUACUAUCCAUUACUACAACGACAAGACGGCAAACAACUAGGUAGAUAGGGAGCGCUAGUGUGUGCGCCAGUCACUUUUUGAUGUAUGUAAAUGGACAGGACAUGUAAAUAGACAAAAAGUAUGCAUUGUCGGUCUAAGCCAUGACUGAACACGAGAUGUAAUCAGCCACAUCAGAUACGGAUACGCAAAUUGUGAGAUUGCUAGCU